AUGCUGAGGACCCCCGCUAUUGUUUACUACACAGGAAAAUUCUUCGUGAGCGAGUUAUCUCAGAUCGCCCCCGUUGAUGAAACUGUGCUGGUAUACAUCAAGGCAUACAAUGACGGUGUGCCGUUGGAAGAGAUCCCCGAACCGCUCUCCAUUACCUUCUAUCAUACGACUGAUGGCCAGGGUGAUCUACCAGACUGGGCUGGAUUUGCCUGUGGAUCAGCUCGACUCCAUAGCUCUAGAGAACCUGUACCUGAUCUUGUGCAGCAUGUUGAACUUGAAUGGGACUCUUCGUACUGCACGAUGAAUUUUACAAAUGAUAACUACACAGUCUGUAUGUGUACCGUCUUAGAAAUCAUUGGUCUGAUAAAGGAUGCAAUACCAACACAGGAACCGACCACACCAGAAACAGCACCCGGACCACUUGAAUUCAUUGUAUACCACUAUUCGUCGUGCUAA